AUGGGGGACAGGCUACCGCCGCCUAUGCCAGGGCACAUGCCCUCGUCAUUCGACGACAACGAAGAAUUCUUUAACGAGCGGCCCAUGCAAAAAGUCGCCCGCAAGCUCAAAGAGGAGCCCCUCGUGCCUCUCGGAAUCGGUCUCACCGUCUUCGCCUUCGUGGGCGCCUACCGGGCGCUUCGCCGCGGCGACUCUCGCCAAGCCAACAAGAUGUUCCGCGCGCGAGUUGCCGCGCAGGGCUUCACCGUCCUCGCCAUGGUCGCCGGGAGCAUGUACUACAGUCAAGACCGGCAAAAGACAAAGGAAUUGCGAAAGCUCAAGGGGGAGCGAGACGCAGAGGAGAAGCGACAGAAGUGGAUCAAGGAGCUGGAAGCCAGAGAUGAGGAGGAGAAACUGAUCAGGGCGAGUAUGGACAAGAGGAGGCAGAAGUUGGAGGCUGCGAAUGCUGCUGCCGGCAAUAGUGAGGAGGGUACUGCGUCGGGUGGUAUUCUGGGCAAGAUAGGACUGUGGUCCAAGGGUCAGGCGGCAGCUGAGACCAUGGAGGUGGCGAAGGAAGAGCCGAGGAAGCAGAAUCCAAAGAGUUCUUUGGGGGCGAUUAGCGACGCUUUGGCCAAGCGGAAGGAAAACGACGGGAAGAAAUGA